UACACAGCUGUUGUGAAGCUGCCAUGUCGACAAAAAAGCUGACAAGUGAAGACUACAAUGAUUAUAGUUCCACAGAAAACAGUCCAGACCAUGACCACGUGAGUUCUUCACCUGAUAUUUCUUCAAGUUCACCUGAUAAUUUUGGAAAUUAUCAGCGUCUAAAUGAAAGAACUGGCACAACGCCUAUUGAGACAUUAAUUCACUUGUUGAAAGGCAACAUAGGAACAGGGCUCCUCAGCCUUCCACUGGCAGUGAAGAAUGCGGGUAUUGUGCUUGGUCCAAUCAGCCUCAUUAUUAUCGGAGUGGUGGCUGUACACUGUAUGCGUUUGCUGGUCAAAUGCAGUCAUUAUCUGUCUGCUAAGUUACAGAAGCCGUAUCUAGAUUAUGGAAGUGUGGUGAUGUACAGUUUGGAAGAGUGCCCGAACCUUUGGCUGCAAAAACAUUCUUCUGUUGGAAGAAUUUUGGUGGAGUUCUUUUUGAUCCUGACGCAGCUGGGAUUUUGUUGUGUUUACUUUGUAUUUCUGGCUGACAACAUUAAGCAGGUUGUGGAUGUAGCAAAUGCUACAAAUAAUAACUGCAAUCAAAAUGUCACAACUUUGGAAUCUGAUAGUAUGGACAGCCGUCUCUACAUGCUUAGUUUUCUGCCACUCAUCAUUCUGUUGGUCUACAUUCGCAACCUGAAAUACCUAGCUCCCUUUUCUUUGCUCGCCAACCUAGCCAUGUGUGUCAGCCUCGUUUUGAUCUACUGGUACAUUUUCACUAGUGCAACAUAUACAAAUGAUCUACCACCUGUGGCUGACUGGAAAUCUUAUGCAAUGUUUUUCGGAACAGCCAUAUUUGCAUUUGAAGGCAUUGGUGUGGUACUUCCACUAGAAAAUAAGUUGGAGGAUCCACGGAAAUUUCCAGUAAUUCUAUAUGCAGGAAUGGCAAUCGUUGCAAUGCUUUAUUUGACUCUAGGAGUUAUGGGAUACAUUCGUUUUGGGGGUGAAAUUGAAGGAAGCAUCACACUCAAUUUACCAGCCUGCUGGUUGUAUCAGUCUGUGAAGAUUUUGUAUUCUUUUGGAAUCUUCAUUACCUACGCUGUCCAGUUCUUCGUUGCAGCAGAGAUAAUUGUCCCAGUUUUCGUAGCCAAGGUCCCAGAGUGCUGGGAGUUGUGGGUUAACUUAGCUGUUCGAACUGUUCUAGUAAUAAUUACCUGUGUCCUGGCUAUCCUGAUCCCACGUCUGGCAAUUGUGAUCACAUUAGUUGGGUCCAUUAGUAGCAGCACUCUAGCAUUAAUCAUCCCCCCACUUCUCGAAAUUGCUACCUACUAUAGUGAGGGGAUAAGCCGAUGGAAGAUUGCCAAGGACAUCGUGAUCAGUGUGGUGGGCUUUGUGGGAUUUGUGGCUGGGACCUAUGUGUCCAUUGAAGAGCUGGUGUUUUAUACAGUCCCCCUUACCAAUAUUACUGCUGGUAACCACAGAUAGUUUAAUUUAGUUCUGUUGUAUAGUGUCCAAAGUGAUUUGGAUUUGUUUACUUUUUUUUUGCUUUCUCCUAAGCACUUUAUUGUCUUCAAUGCAGAUGAAUAAGUAGUAGUCUGUACAAAACUUUGUUUAUACAACAGGAACAUAGGUGGUUUCAAGUGAAGUGUAUGUAGCUUUAUUGCUUUUGUUUUAUUGAUGGACGAUAAUGUUUAGAAAUUGCUUUGGUAUUGAUUUCUGGGUGGAUCCUGUGGUGUUACAAAGUUCAGAACAGAGCAGGGAAUUAAAUCACUGGUGCUAGUCAUUGAUGGCGUACUCCAAGAUUUCAUUUGUAAAUCUCUGUAAUUAGUUUCUGUUUUUGUAGGAGUGGCUGUGUGGGAGGCAUUUUUAAUAACCUACUUAAUUGCAUGCUUUAAUUUAACUUGGAAAUUCAUUUUUGACAUUUUCAACAUCUUGUUAUAUUUUUCAGUGCAAAAGGUGUACAAGAUUUUUUCUUCUUUAAUGCUCUAUAUCCAGUGCAACUUCUUUUAUAUGAUUGGUAGAAAGUGCCAUGAGGCAAGAUUUAUCUACAGUUAUCAACUAAAUCAGGUUCAAAAGGUAUCUAUUCCUAAGCUUACCUGACCUUUCUGUGUGGCAUUGCAUUUGUGAUCAAGUUCAGGUACCUGUUGGUUUUUUAGAUCAGAGGUGAAUCUGAUUCAAAUCGUAAUGGUAUUGUUUCUCCAUUCACCAAUUCAGGCCAAAUCCUGUGUCUCCAUUCACAGAUCCAAGAUGAUUUGUGUCCUUCCCCUUCCCCACUUCCUGCUGAAAGAGAUAAUGGAAAAGACAGCUUUCAAAAAGCUUUGCUUCAGUUUGAUGAGUAGUAAUGUAUAUUAUUGUAAGAUUGUGAACUCAGCCCUUUUUUACAUUACAAUCAAAAUUAGUGAUAUUCAUUUUAUUUUUUAUUUUUGAGAAAUUAGAUCUUAUGUAGGAUUUAAAUGGAAUGUUUUGAUUAUGAACACUAGUGAACUGGUGAUAUAAUUUAAUUUCUGAGACCCCUGCAAAUCUAUACUAUACUGAUAGGUGCACCAGUUUGUUGGAUGUAAGGUCAUUUGAAAUAUAUUUCAAUGCAUUCAUCUAGUUUUUAGUUUUCCUGUUUUUUUGAAAAUCUAACAUCAAUUUGUAAUUUUCAUUCCAGAGACUAGAAAGUGGCUGGUGUGCUGUGUUACAUAGGCAAACAGCAUUAUACAUUUUGGAGGGGGGGUUGCUUUUUACAUUAGGUGUACUAUAAAUGUUAAUGAAAAUACGUGUAAAAUAUGUACAGCACAUGAAGUACUCAGUUUAAUUUUAUUUGCACCAUGGACUCAACUAAAAUAUUUUUACUUCGGGGCAGCAGAAACAGGAAUUACAGAAGAGAAUCCUGUUGCGGAAUAAAGUUUAAACAUUGGGCUUUAACAUUAUCACAACAGAUCAAAACAAUUGAAUUCGGUUAAAUGGUUAGUUUUCGGCAUUUUGAAAGCUGGCUUAAUCUGGAGUGAAUUGUAUGAUUAUGCCACAUUUCUGCCGAUGGCUUCUGUUUGGUUCAGAAUGCCGACGAUCUGUUCAGAAACUGUUUUAUGACUGAUACCUAGUGAUAUCAUUCUUUUACAUUUGAGUAAGUGGUUCACAUUUAGUUUCAACUUGGAUAGUGACUGCUUAGAUAAAAUAAUGCAUUGAAUACAAUCAAUUGUUUUUAUAUGGAUAAGUGUUAAACAUUUCCAAGAUUGAUUGGGCUCAUUCUUGGGAUAUUUCUUUUCAUAAAAAAUUAAGUAAUUUGCACAAGGAUGAGGGAUUUUAACACUAAAAUUCUAACUGUUGUAAUAUAGCCAGUGCAAUAUCUGUGUUUCUAAACAAAUGAUUUCUUGACCAAAAUAAUUUGAAGAGAGGGAAAAUAAGUGUUUCAUUCACUUUGAAUCGGCUUUCUCCCCUUCAUAUUUACUUUUAACUUUGUACUGUUACAGGAUUUUAUGGCUUCCAUACUGCAUUCAAAUUAUUUUUUCUUCCUCGAGCAAAUUGUUGCAGGUCAGCAACAACAUAAUAACCUGCACCUUUUAACGUACUAGAUUGUUCCAAGAUAUUCCACAGGAAUGUUUUCAGACAAUAUUUUACAACAAAUCAGAGAUACUAGGGCUGAUCGCCAAUAAAUUCAACAGAGAGUUAUAUUUAAAUAAAUGGUUAUUAUAUUGUUGGAGAUGUCAACUUGCAAAAGGUAUUAAGAAUUUAGAGAGGUUAAAGUGCUAUAACCACCAGCAUUCGAGGAGCAAUGAGUUGCUUACAGAUGGUUCAAAUCCACCUUUGUUGGUGAGUGCAAAAGUGAAUAGAACCAUGUGUUCCCAGCAAUUUCUGUCUCCAGCAGCCUGACUAGAUUCUCAAAGAAGCAAAGCAGCAACUGUUUGUAUUUAGUGAUCCGUUCUUGACGGCCAUUAAUGGUUGAAGAAUAGCUUCCAGAGAAUAGUCCUGAAGGCUUUAACAUAAUUCAUGGGUAUCCAUUUUGACUAUUCAGGAUUUAUUCUACUCUUAAAAAGUGGCUAUUAUGUACAGCCAGCACUGUUCCAUUUAGUCUUUUUUUGAAAUUGGUCUGCCACUAAUGCAUGCAAACUUUGUUUUUAAAAUACUGUAGUGGAUUUCAUGGGAAGUUAUUUGCUGAAGUUUUAAAUUGCAUGAUGCAACGGUUUUGUAACUUUAUAUUCUAGUACAUUAAUAGAGGUCAUGAUUUUAGCCACAGCUCACUAUAUGUGUGUAAACACAACUGUGUGGUGUGCACCUUACAUUAGUUGAAUUACUAUUUCUGUCAAUACUGAAUGUUUACCGUGACAGUACAGAAUUGCUGGAUCAGGUUUGCACAAUAUUCAAAGUAUUAACAGUUAAUUAAUAAUUGUAUUAAUUCCUAUUAAAGUCAAAAUAUCAGCCUGUUUUUAAUAUCUGUAUCAAUUCUAAUGGCGGGACAAAGGAAGGCUGCUGUAUAACAAUAAAUAUGUUUCUUUUUCAUUCCUUUCCUCUUCAUUAUCUGCACCCUUCCUUCCCUGACUCUUUCCUUCUAUCCUUACUUGACAGUCUGUUAGACAAAUAUUUAGUGUAGGUUAAAUAGGCAGUUCAUGGAUUAGAAUUUGCUUGUGUUUCUGGGGAUUAUUUGUAAUCUGCAAUUCAUAAUGUAAACUUGUAAUAGCCUUCUCAGGGUAAUACACACAAAUACUGGAUCAUCUAUUGGCUUGUUUUGUUCUAAAUGACUAUUACUGUUGUGAUUCUUUUGUAUAAUAAAUGUGCAAAUGGAAACUUGUUGCUUUUUUAUGCUAAUUAAAAUCAUACUGAGUA